GGAUAAGAAAAAGACAAACAGAAUCAUGCCAUUCGCGCGGCGUGUUCGUUUUCGCUGUUGUGUGUGCACUCCGGAGAGAGAACAGAAAAUAGAGAAGUGAGCAAACGUUAGUCAAUCCCACCAAUAAGUGGCAUCAGCAGUAAUUUCCUUCGUUUCUUGUGCAACGUCAAUAGGGUCAUAUGAAAAAAAGAGGAUGAAAAAAAUAAAAAAAAAAAUGUCGCCCCCCUGAAGAAGAAACAUCAUCAUCAUCAGGCACGUCAAAGUGAAAUUCAUUUGUCGUGAAUUAUUUUCUUGCGAUUUCCAGUUAUUGACGUCGAUAUCAUACGUACAGUUAAUCAUAAGGCUAACUGUCGUCACACAUGAAAGCUUGAUAAGAAAUUGAGUUCAAGAAGUAUUCGAGAGUUUUAUUUGAAAAUAAUUCAUGGUGUCGUGAACGCCAGUGCGUUCUAGUUUUCAAGUAGAACAACCGUCUUUCAAAAAAAUACAUGUCUUCAAAAUCAAGCUUUAAGAAAUUUAGUCGACAUUCUCUCGACUAGAGAGACUUUGUCGAAAAGAAAUAAAAAAGAGUGACGAUACCUAUAUGAACUGGAUUUGUUGUUAUCAAGUGUGGAGGCUCUUGACAAUAAUAAAAAAAGCGCUAUAUUCAAGUUGCGCAUGUUCAACGGAGAAAUAGACUGCACGGUCAUGCUCUUUAAAGGCAAUUUUAACUGUACUUUUGUGCUGAGCGAAAAAAAGUCUAAUUGUACCCCAAGUUUCCACGGAACUUGUCCUUUAGUUCGGUGUCUCUCUCUAGAUUUCCUAUGUUCCUGAUAUGUCAGACAAAAGGUGUUAAAGCGCAACGAUUUUUUUGUCGAUAAAAAUACAUCAACAAAAAAAAAACUAAUACUGUUUCUAUUGUACAUGUCCCUGAGUUUUCCCCAUAAAAAGCUUUUACUACUUUGAUAAAAUUGGAUACAAAGAAAUAGGAAUCACAUUAGUCUAAACAAAGAACUGCGGAGAACGGUUUCAAAACUGUUUUCUACCUGUGCGAAAUAAUCGUUUAAAUGUAAUAACAAUUUUGGAAACGGUUUAGAAAGUUUGAAAUAACCUGUACGAAAUAACGUUUCAAAACUUUGGUGUGAAAUAGUAUGUAUUUUUACUAAAUUUCGAACCUAUGGAAUAGAUGAGUAUUUCAAAAUAACAGUUGAAGGAAAUUGCUAAGUUUUAAGUGACACUGCGUGAUAUUGGUGAACCAAUCGUGCAAUAAUUUAACAAUGGAAUUGUAAGAACGAAACUAUUGUGGAAUUUUUUAAUUCUAAUUUUCUACUGUAAGGACAGGAAUUUUGACGAAAAUUGCAUGAGCAAUAAUGAAUUUUGACUGGUUAAAUCCUUUUAAAUUUUCAUAUUGGCGACUAAAAAGCAACUUUGGAUGUAACGGUACCUGACAUACGAGGAAGUCGCUCUUAUUUUAACUUGUUGCUACCGCCUUCAUUCUGUUGUUACUCAAUGACUGAAUAUGAAAGUGUACACGUAAUUAUUAUAAAAAAAAUUCCCCUCGGAAGCUUCAUUUUCUAUGAAAAACAAAGUAGGAAGUAGACAAUUUUUUAAAAAUUGUUAAAUUAUUGUGAAUUAAUGUUUUUAAACUUGUGAUAAAAUAUAUUAAUGAUAUUUUGCUGAGUGGCGGUUUAAAGAACUGAAUUUUAAAUGAUUUUCAUAUUUUGUGGACUAUCGUCUGCCCAUGACGAUAGGGUGUUGACACCAAUUGUCUCAAAGGAGAGGGUGGUCCAAUCGGGACAAUUAGAAAAUUCCAUAAAUUCAAUACAAAAUUCAUCAUCCGAGUGUUGGACAUCGCCCUACACGACCUUUCCACCCUUUAUCAGAAACAAUCAUCAUCAUAAUAAUAACAGUAACACGGUCCUACAAUUGGAAGGAUGUAAAACACAAUCUAGUGAAACUACUACCAAAAAAUUUCUCAAAUGGUUCAGCAGUAAUAAGCUUAAUCAGUCAUCGAUCAUUGAAAAAUCAGGAGUACUGGAUAUGGCUGCUACAGAAAGUACAAUCAGAUUUAGCGGUCAUACGUUGGAUAAGGCGACGAAAGCCAAAGUAACUCUGGAAAAUUAUUAUAGCAAUUUAAUAGCUCAACAUAUUGAACGAAAGCAGAGACUCGCGAAAUUAGAAGAGUCUUUAAAAGAUGAAGGACUUUCCGAGCAGCAAAAACAAGAGAAGAGGUUACAGCAUGCUCAAAAGGAAACAGAAUUUCUUCGCCUCAAGCGGUCCAGACUUGGUGUCGAGGAUUUUGAACCACUCAAAGUUAUUGGCAGAGGUGCUUUUGGCGAGGUGAGACUGGUUCAGAAAAAGGAUACUGGACAUGUAUAUGCAAUGAAAAUCCUGAGGAAAGCAGACAUGCUUGAAAAGGAGCAAGUUGCCCAUGUCAGAGCUGAAAGAGACGUUCUCGUCGAAGCAGAUCACCAAUGGGUUGUUAAAAUGUACUAUAGUUUCCAAGAUCCAAUUAAUCUCUACCUUAUUAUGGAAUUUUUACCUGGAGGUGAUAUGAUGACGCUUCUUAUGAAAAAAGACACGCUUUCCGAGGAAUGCACACAAUUUUAUAUAGCAGAAACGGCACUAGCAAUUGACUCCAUUCACAAAUUAGGUUUUAUUCAUAGGGAUAUUAAGCCAGAUAAUCUACUGCUGGACGCACGAGGUCAUAUAAAAUUGUCUGACUUUGGGCUCUGCACGGGUUUAAAAAAGUCUCACAGAACAGAUUUCUACCGAGAUCUAAGUCAAGCAAAACCGUCCGAUUUCAUGACUUCUUGUGGAAGUGGCAGUGGUGGAGCCAUGGAUAGUAAAAGAAGAGCAGAAAGUUGGAAACGAAAUAGGAGAGCAUUAGCAUACAGUACAGUAGGAACGCCCGAUUAUAUAGCACCAGAAGUCUUCAUGCAAACCGGAUAUGGAACAGCGUGUGAUUGCUGGUCUUUAGGAGUAAUAAUGUAUGAGAUGCUUAUAGGUUACCCUCCAUUUUGCACUGAAAAUCCUCAAGAAACAUAUAGAAAAGUUAUGAAUUGGAGAGAAACAUUGGUGUUUCCUCCGGAAGUACCAAUUAGCGAAGAAGCUAAAGAUACUAUCACGAGAUUUUGCUGUGAGGCUGAUAGGAGGUUAGGAGCCCAAAGAGGUGUCGAAGAAUUGAAAUUAGCACCCUUUUUUCGGGGUGUUGAUUGGGAACAUAUCCGGGAAAGACCAGCUGCUAUUCCAGUGGAAGUGCGUUCUAUAGACGAUACAUCAAACUUUGACGAUUUUCCAGAUGUUAAAUUAGAAAUACCAUCAGCACCAAUGCCACAAGAUGGUGAAGUGAUUUACAAGGACUGGGUAUUUAUAAACUACACAUUCAAACGCUUCGAAGGUCUGACACAACGAGGAACACCAACCAAAAAAUAGCAACCUUUAAUAAAGCAAUACGAUUGCAAUCGAAUUAUCGAAAGAAUGACUUAGGUGCACAAUUCAUAUUGUCCAUUUCAUAAGCUCUACUACUAUUAACUAUUAAGCAGAGUCGAUUUAGUUUGUGUACUCCGAAAGUAAUUCACUCGUUCCGCUAUCAUAAACAGUGAUAGACACCAUUAAAUAAGUAUUAUGUUUGAGAUGACAAAAAAACUAUAUAUAGUAUAAAAGACUUGGAUAAAAAAAGAUGGCCAAGCUCCAAGUGGCCAGAAUGUGUAUGCGACUGAAGCAGUGAUAAAAAAAAUAAAGAAAAAUAUGCAUGUCAUAACUGGAAAAGUGCAUUAAAAAAGUAAUCGUGUGCCGAAUUUUCACGUAAGUGCACUACGUAUAAGUGCUGAACGCAUCCAGAAAAGAAACAGAAAAAAAUAUAUUUGGAUAUGAUUCAGUGGAACUGUAGUAGUGUAUAUCUUGGGUUAUGAUUCUCUCAGUUUCAGUUCCGAGUAUAUUAUUUUUAAUCCGCGGCAAAGAGAUUUAUUGUUCAAUUCGACAUAUUUAGCAUAAUAAGCUCUCUGUGGUAAGGUGUUUUAAACGACGAGCGCCAGAAAUUCUUGGAGCUUUGUCCUCGAGCACUGAAUCGUUCUGGAUUAACAUUGUCGUGCGAAACUGAAUAAAUAAAAAAAAAACAAUCAAUA